AUGAGAGACCGACACCAUCGAACACCGUGGAACACCAAUGCUCCACUGCAUCCAAGCUGGCUACCCUUGAAAGUCUGGUGGUCACGAUAAGGUCCCAUUGUCCCAAGAUUCCCAACCCAUUGUUGCCCUGCUCAAAUCAACGAUCAUAUUCUGGGGUGACCCUGACUGUCCAAGCGUAAUAAUGACCGUGCGGCCCAGAGUUCUCGAGAUCUCCAUGCAUCUUAAGAGCUCAGGACCAUGUUUAUCCUGAUCAUUUCAAUCGCUUACUCCAGCCGGUGAACCGAAUACAACGCAGCAGGUAUUAAGACGCGAUCCUUCCCCUUCCCAAGCUUCCGUCCCUGUCCAUUCUCCCCAACUCUCUUUCCCCACAACCUACAGGGUACGAAGAAAUCAGAUCAACGUCUCGCGUCUCACGACCUUUACUGACGAAGCUAUCUUCUCACAAUACCACGAUGAGUGGCUUGACACAUUGCUGAAAGAUAUCUGAAUAGAGGGGGCUUCUUCUCCCAGAAGUGCUGGCUGGCUAGCUGCCAGCUCGUGUAGAGAAUCAUGGCAAUGAACGUGACCGAUGUCGAUAUUGAGGAUCGUACUGAAGUAUGAGAAGCCUUCCCAAUUGCUACACAUCUGUACCCCGUCAUUGCUAAUUCGCACUGUAGUCAUAUGCGUACCGAAAAACGAUUAUUAUGGCCGUGGACGUGGGACUGGUAUCGCUGGCGUCAGUGUAAGACAUCUCUCCAGUUCAGAAGCAAACUACAUCGUCAAGGCUAACACAAUGCUAGCAUUGUCCUUUUACGAUUUUAUACCCGCGUUUUUAUUAGUAGAUACUUUGGCCAGGAUGAUUGGUGGAUGUUGUUAUCUUGGGUGAGUAUUUUGGGGUUAUUUUCUCAUUGGAGCAAGCUUGAGCUACUCCAAGACACACUUGUUAGAUCAGAGGCUGACCAUUUCAGAUACUCGCAUUAGGGAACUUGGCUAUUUGGGUGCUAUGUAGGUCAUAGGACGACGGAUUGGGAACAAAACUAACUAUUUCAUAGAUCUGGAUUUAGGUAGCUGGAAACGUAGGCAAGACAUAAUCCUGGAUGAUCUUAGACCGCUGUUUUUGGUGAGUCCCCAAAAAGGUGUUUUCUUUCGCCGCAGCAGACCCUAACCAUCAACGCAGAUUCUGUGGCUCAUACAAUGGUCUCUGUCUUUCGUGCAUGGGACAAUGAACAUAUCUGUUCUCACUUUCUACCUCCGAGUCUUCCAAGAUCAAUCGCUCCGAUUCCGACGCCUAAUACACGCCUCUAUAUUUUUCACAACAGCAGCAUCUAUUAUCGUUAUCUUUAUCAUUAUUUUUCAGUGUGUACCAACCGAUGCCUACUGGAAUGGCGCACAAAUUUUUGGGAAUCCAAAAUGCUUGAACAACGAUUAUUUGCUGUUCACACAGUCUGGGCUGAUCUUGCUCUGUGAUGUCGUACUUUUUAUCCUACCGAUGAAGUAUAUCUGGCGUAUGUCCUGUGCACACUCUUGUUUGGCAAUUGUUGAAAACUGAUUGAAUCGAAGAGCUCAACAUCCCUAAAUGGCAGAGAAUACAAGUCAUGGUUCUUGUUGGACUGGGUGGUUUGUAAGUGGCUCUACUUCGCCGUUUCUCAGCCAACUGCUAAUUGAAAUUCUCUCAGCACGUGCAUAGCUUCUAUUUGUCGUGUAGUUGCCCUACACAAACUUGCAAAUUCGCGUGACCGAACUUGUAAACUCUUCUUAGAGCCCUGAUCCUCUGCCCCAGCUAACCGAAUUGCUAGAUGACGGACUCGACUACUCGCUCUGGACCUCGAUCGAACUCUUCGUUGCUUUAAUCACUACUUGCUUGCCUCCAUGUCGGCCGCUAUUCUUGAAAUAUUGCUGCACCGGGAGAGGAAGGACUUGGGAAUAUACUUGGACCAGGACGACUACGCCAGACAAUAUCGAGCCAGCUUCUGGGACACAUCUGAGCAAGGACGCCACCCCCUCUUCCAGCCGCAGAAGACUCAGCUCAAGAUCAAGGGGAGCAACUACAAUAGACGGGGAAGAGAUGGGACCCAUGGGGGGGAUGGGGCCAAUGGGAACAAUGGGGGCAAUGGGUGCAAUGGGCGGUGCUACAGUCAGAAUUGGGGCGAUGGGACGAAUCGAAAGAGUGUAUAGCUAUCAAAGCAGCACGAGGGGAAGCGAACACGAAGGCAUCGGUCCCAUGGGACGCGGAGGAUAAGAUCACGGCGACAUCGAAACUUCAAGCAUUUUCGAUGAGGAAAGGGAAUUGGGAUUGGAACUAAACUUCUGAUCUCUGAAUUUCCCCCAGGAAGUGAUGCAUUUCGACCAACCGACAUUGCAUCAACUCUCCGCCUACCAACAAGCAGGCAAAUGCACGAGCGAAUCCAUUCGAGGAGGACCAGUCUACGAAUCGACGAGGACAUAUUUACCGACUCGUCGAAAUUUCUGGGCUGCAGUACCACCAGCGCUUCACUGCCAGCUACAGUAGAGUAUCCAACCUCCUUCGAUCCAAUACGCGUGGUCACGUCGCUCAUUCUUCUGUCUUCUGCCAAGAAGAUAAAGAGAUCCCCAUACAAGCACGUCGGCAGAUGAGCGGUCAUAGCGGGGUACGCCCAGAUAGGAAGGCAAAGUCGCCGUGGAAAAAACAAUCGAGCACAGAUGCUUGGCCAAUCAGUGGCACCGAUACUUGUGUGAUGAUAUUUACUAUCCUUUCAGGUGCGGUAGCAGAUACUCAGACACGACUCGUAAGGCUCUCACGUUUGAGUUAGCAUGACGGAUGUAUUACGAGCAACCGUUUCUAGGAAACGGAGGUGAUUGGAUCUGAUGCAAAGCUCUCACGGUUGAUUUCCAAGAACGAUGUAUCGCGAGCAACCGUAUCUAGGAAACUGGGGCAUUGAAUUUGAAAGCAACCAGCCAUGGAGAUCCCGUAGAUAGAAUAGAACAAGCAGAAGCAAUGAGGACUCAAGAUCUCCAAGGCUCGUAUAACAUGAAUCAUAGCAUGAUUCAGGCCAGCAGAGAUGAAAGAAAAGAA